AUGAUCGCAGCCAGCAGCGACCUUUCCAUUAUGGUGAGGAGAUGUCUGCUCACCUUCAAACCAUUCAGGAUCUUUGUGGUGGGGAUCGGCUUCUUCAGCCUGUGCUUUCUAAUGACCUCUCUCGGGGGCCAGUUCUCGGCCAAGAGAUCCGGAGAUUCCCCCUUCACGGUCCGAGCUGAAGUGCUCGGUGGACAUGAAUCUCGCGGGGUGCUGAGGAAAAUCAGUGACAUGCUGGAGGUCAUUAUGAAGAGGAUGGAUGCUCUGUCUAAACUGGGUAACACCACAGACACCCACAGGCUGGAUGAGCUCAGCUCGGCCCUGGACAGGAUUCAGCCUGUAGGGCUGGUGGAGCGGAUUCAGGCCAUAGCCCAGAACAUGUCUGACAUGGCGGUGAGGGUGGAGCAGAUCCUGCAGCGCAGCAUGGCCAGCAACAGAGUCAGGGAAGGGACAUUAGGACAAUGUGAGACUCCUAAAGAUCCCCGUUAUCCAGACUGCCCCGGCAAGAUGGAUUGGAUGCGGGCUCGUUGGACCUCAGACCCUUGCUAUGCCUUUUAUGGUGUGGACGGCUCAGACUGCUCCUUCCUGGUCUACCUGAGCGAGGUGGAGUGGUUCUGCCCCCCGCUGGCCUGGAGGAACCAGACUGCCACACCCACCUUGAAGCCUCCACCCAAGAGAGAGGCUGUUUUCCAGUCUGACAUCAGGGCUCUGCUGGAGCAGGUGGGCACCGGCAAAGAGUCACUGAGCUUCAUGAAGAGACGCAUACGCAGGAUGGCAGCACAGUGGGCCUCCGCUGCUCGACGGCUGGAUGACAAGCUCCGCAGCCACUGGAGAGAGCAGAAAAGGAUUCUAGUUCAUGUAGGCUUUCUGACAGAGGAGUCUGGGGAUGUCUUCAGUCCCAAAGUGCUGAAGGGGGGACCUCUGGGUGAGAUGGUGCAAUGGGCCGACAUCCUCACAGCCCUCCAUGUGCUGGGACACAACCUCAAGAUCUCGGUUUCUCUCAAGGAGCUGCACGGGUUUUUGGGUGUCCCUCCAGGAAGAGGAAGCUGCCCUCUGACGGGACCUCUGCCCUUUGACCUCAUCUACACCGACUACCACGGCUUACAGCAGAUGAAGCAGCACAUGGGUCUGUCACUGAGGAAGCACAAGUGCCACAUCCGAGUGAUUGACACCUUCGGCACGGAGCCUGCUUACAACCACGAGGAGUACGCCACUCUGCACGGCUACCGGACCAACUGGGGCUACUGGAACCUCCACGGCCAGCAGUACAUGACCAUGUUCCCCCACACUCCAGAUAACUCCUUUAUGGGUUUUGUGGCGGAGGAGCUGAAUGAGACGGAGAGACUGAACAUUCAGCGGAACAAGGUUAACAAUAUGGCCGUUGUGUACGGCAAAGAAGCCAGCAUGUGGAAGCUUCAAGGAAAGGAAAAGUUCCUGGCCAUUCUGCAUCGCUACAUGGAGAUCCACGGGACGGUCUACUACGAGACCCAGCGUCCUCCAGAGGUGCCUGCCUUUGUGAAGAACCACGGUCUGCUGCCUCAGCAGGAGCUGCAGCAGCUCCUCAGAAAGGCCAAGCUGUUCAUCGGGUUUGGCUUCCCCUACGAAGGUCCCGCCCCUCUGGAGGCCAUAGCCAAUGGCUGCAUCUUCCUACAACCCAAGUUUAAUCCCUCUCACAGCUCUCUCAAUCAUGACUUCUUCAGAGGGAAGCCCACCUCCAGGAAGGUGUCCUCUCAGCAUCCGUAUGCAGAGCAGUACAUUGGCAGGCCGCAUGUCAUCACUAUCGACUUCAAUAACUCCGAAGAGUUUGAUGCAACCAUCCGUGAGAUCAUGAGGAUCAAUGUGGAGCCCUUCCUGCCGUACGAGUACACCUGUGAGGGGAUGCUAGAAAGAGUUCACGCCUACAUUCAGAACCAGGACUUCUGUUCCCCUGAAGCUCCGUUUCCUGCGGUGAACUCGUCCUGGCUGAGCGGUGCUGCCGGUCCUUUCGUCCUCCUUCCUAACUCCAGCGUCCUAGCGUGGGCCGCCAACGCCAGCUCCUACUCGUCCUGGCCGCCACUCAGCGCUCUGCGUCUUCUGGCCUCGCUGGAGGGCCAGUCGUGUGUGGAGGCGUGUCAGAGCGCAGGACUCAUGUGUGAACCUGCCCUGUAUCGCUUCAUCAACAUUAAGGAGGCCUUCAACGCACUGGACCUCCAGUGUGACGGAGUGGAGUCGGAGAUGAACCACCUCUUCCCUGCCUUCUCAGCGGAGCAUGCAGAAUGUGGUCUGCAGCAGGAUCCACUACUGUUCAGCUGUGCCGGCUCCGGGUCCAAAUACCGGCGCCUCUGCCCCUGCAGAGACUACCGCAUCGGCCAGGUGGCGCUGUGCAGAGACUGCCUAUGACUAGAGGAGGACAUGUGGAUGCAGACUUUUUUCUAACACUCGGCGAGAUCUCUUUGGAAAGGAGAGUCCACGGUGAGAAGGUGUGAUACAUGAACUCGACUCCUUUACUUCUGACCAAGGACCGGCUGCCAACACUCUACGGCGGUUUAACCUCUC